UGUUUACUUUGCCUUACCUUUCAAGGAUAAAAAGAAAAGGCACAACUGUCAUACUGACAGUCCUGACGUCGGGCUGUCAGUAAUUUUUCAAAAGUCAGUCUAAUUGUCUAUAAUCUGUCGUAAAUAGCCGUGAUAUAUUUUUGUUGUACUUUUGCAAUUUUUUGCAACAAAUUAAUGAAUUGAGAAACUAUGCGUAGAGAAUUUAUAUUAGUUUUCAUGGGCAUUAUAUGUAUAUCGACAUUAUCGUCUUUAUUAUCAGGUUAUGUUCAAACUGACACUGAUAAAGUGCUUCUAGAUACUGUUGUCGGUGUAGUGGGUGCUGGAAACUUUUCGUAUUGGCAACUUGGGCAUGUGGGGCCCCUGUUGGUGGAGCUGACCUCUUUGAGUGGUGAUGCAGACCUCUACGUAUCGGAUAGUAUAAGGCCGAGUUAUGAGGUCGACAAGAAUAACUUCAGCUCAGCGACGUGUGGACCUGACAUGGUCAACAUACCAGCCGACUUCCCCAGACCCAUAGGUAUUGGCAUAUACGGGCACUGGUCUCAGAUAUACUCCGAGUACAGCAUCCAAGUCUUCCUGGACACCAACGCGGUCAUGAACGAUGUCCAAAUGCUGGCCUUCCAACAGAGUCAAGACAACGAUGAAAGCACAGGUAAUCACAGAAUCCAGAAUCGAGAGAAGCCAGUACAGAAGAAAACCGAUGAUGAGAACAAACCUCGUCUAAUGAAGUUAUUGAGUAUAUUGGAUAUGAUAUUUGAGACCUUUGUCCUAUAGGUAACCGGUUCGAGUUCUCAUGAUGGGCCGCCCUUAAGUUACGUCACAUGUUAAGGGUUCCACGAGGUGAUAGGGCCUGCCCUACACCAUCUAUAAGGCGAACCAUCGUCAAAAUUAAAUUCAAAACAUCUUUAUUCAUGUAGGUCUAUUACAAGGUCCUCCUUAAGUUACGCCACAUGUUAAAGGGUUCCACGAGGUGAUAGGGUCUACCCUACACCAUCUGUAGGGCGGACCAACGUGAAAAUUCAAUUCAAAAUAUAUUCAUAUCUUUAUUCAUGUAGGUCUAUUACAAGGUCCUCCUUAAGUUACGCCACAUGUUAAAGGGUUCCACGAGGUGAUAGGGCCUGCCCUACACCAUCUAUAAGGCGGACCAACGUCAAAAUUCAAUUCAAAACAUCUUUAUUCAUGUAGGUCUAUUACAAGGUCCUCCUUAAGUUACGUCACAUGUUAAAGGGUUCCACGAGGUGAUAGGGUCUGCCCUACACCAUCUGUAGGGCGGACCAACGUGAAAAUUCAAUUCAAAAUAUAUUCAUAUCUUUAUUCAUGUAGGUCUAUUACAAGGUCCUCCUUAAGUUACGUCACAUGUUAAAGGGUUCCACGAGGUGAUAGGGUUUACCCUACACUAUCUCAU